UCGAGCCGUUGACUCGGUUCGUAAACGAUUCUUUGGCUUCGCCUCCGCUCGCGCUUCGCCCGGGCACGCUCUUCCCCCUUCAUUCGCCGGGCACGCCUCUCCGGCCGUCCCGAUGGCGGAUCGCGUGGCGGACCACGUUGAAGCUCUCGUGCGCUGCCUCUCCCUCCACCUCAAUCGCAAGGUCACCGGCGUCAUCGCCGUCCUCUUCAACCACCAGGGCGCGGGUUCCCUCGGGGCCAUCGCCGGCUUCGCGAUCGCCGUCUUGUUCGCCUGGAGGUUCCUGAGGCCGUCGCCGGGUCGACGAGCGAGCGAUCGGCGGAAGCGCGGGGCUGCUCCGUCCACGAGUCGACUGGCGGGCGGGUUGGAGCCUUCCGGAUCGCGAGGGCUCGUGCCCACGGGGCCAUCGAACGACACGGUUGCCGUUGAAGCGAUUACUUCUCCAGCUGAGCUCUCUCUCGGAAAAACUGUGAAGCAGAGACUUGGUGGAUGCGGAAAGAUUACUUGCCAGCUGCUCGGUGUUAUCCUGGAGGAGAAAACUCCUGAAGAGCUUCAGAAACAUGCUACUGUCAGGUUGUCGGUGCUGCAAAUAGUCGAGGAAAUUUCUAAGUAUUUUGAUCUGUUUUUAAUGGAAACAGUUCUUGACGAUGAAAGUGAGGAAAAAGUUCUUUCAGCUCUUGAGAAUGCUGGUAUAUUCCAAAAUGGUAGCUUGAUCAAGGACAAGGUCCUCUUUUGUAGCACCGAUAUUGGGCGAAAAUCUUUCGUCCGACAAUUGGAGGCAGAUUGGCAUAUCGAUACAAACCUGGAAAUAAUAUCUCAGCUUUCGCGAUUCAUCAGAUUCCAACUUUAUAUUUCGGAAAUCGAUUCUGGGCAAGUACCACGAAAUGUGAGUACAUCUACAAGUUUGGAACGCUUCUUUUCAUAACUUCAAACUGCAAACGGGAACUGGAAUUGGCACAAGCUGUUUCUUGCUUCCGUUCUUUGCCUUUUCUUUUCCCCUAAUUUUACCAUAACUGAUCUUUUACAUCAGUGUACUAUUAUUGAAUGAUUGUAGAUGUAUUUUGCUCAGCACUUGUAUAUAAUGCAUUCAACUGCUGCUUGUUGAAGUCCUUAUUA